CUGUUCCAGUGGGUGGGGUUAGUCUGGUGGAGCAGUCAGUGCAGACCUGAGGGAGGAGGAGCUGAGCUCUGAGGAAAGUUUGGGAAACAGGACAGACCUCUACUUUACUCACAAACUGCUCAACAGCCAGCCACAGCAGGAGCCUCCUCUACCAACCAACUGGAUUUAAUGUUCAGACUGGAUUCAGGUCCCUCACAGGUGUACUUAUGUGUGUGGACCAGCUGAGGCCCGUGGCUCCAGUGGAGAUGUUUGAACUGUUGACCUUGACCACUUGACUGCUCCCCAAGAGACACUGAGACGUUGACGGGGUAGCCAUGGACAUUCAUGUGCACGGAAAUCCUCGCCUUCACUUUGGGCAUAACGGCUACCUCCAGCCUCCACACUCAAAAGAAGAUGGCCUGCAGUUUCUCAGUCUGGAGGAGAAAGAGUGUAUUCUUUUCUUUGAGGAGACUAUUGAUGCUCUGGAGGAGGGUUUAGAAGAUGAGGGUACAGAACAGUCGUCAGGGAGAAGCACACCUGUGGAGGACGUUCGAGCCACAUCCAGACCAGCUGUAAACUCCGUCCCAAACACGGCCAUCGCUCCAAGCCUGAUAGAGCAUGACAUCAUUGACCUCGUCCACACUACGCCAAACUACUCCACGCCAGAUUUUCACAGCUUGCCCGUGGCACCAGAGACUCAUUUUGAGAUAAAGCCAAAGAGGAAGCCCACAGAGAGCCUCCCAACCACGGCUGAUGCCUCUGAAGAUAACAUCCACCAGCCUCCUCCGGGCUCCGUCCCCACGCCCGUCAUCAUUGCCAGCCAUCUUGCUGAACACCAGGGCACGAGCGGCUCCUCUUCAUUGAACUCAGUGUUGAACCAGCGUAGAAGUAGCUUGGAGGCUCCACACAGUCCUUCCUCCAGACAUGGGCCUCCCACUCACGCCAAGCCACACCGGCUCCCAGACAACAUUACCAUUAUGCGGGGAAGUCAGGAUCCGAGUCCCCAGUCCAUCGCCACAGCGGCAGUCAACAUGCAGGAGCGCCGUUCACAGGUUCUGUCAAACCUGCCUCCCUCUGCCCAUCCUUUACAAGGUGGGGAACCUGCCUGCGUGCGAAACCCCCCCUCACGGAGUGUGUCGUUCACAGACCCCACACCUAACAAGUCCAGGAUGGAGGCACUGUCCAUGUUGGGGCUGACGCAGGGUAGAACACCUUCGGUGACGAGUAUAAAGACAGAGAGUGGCAAUGCUACUUCAGCUACACAUGCUAGCCAUGCUAGCAAAGUUGGUAGCGGUGCAGAUGUAGCUAUCAAAAGUGCACAUUCCUAUACCAGUAUUGCUAAUAAUGCUAGUAUCAGCCCUAACUCCACUGUUAGCCAGAAGAACAGCGCUAACAAAGUAAGCUACAGUGCUGAUAGAGCUAGCAACAGUGCUAAAAGUGCUAAUAUCAGCCCUAACACCUCGAUGAGCCAAAAGAAGCCCAGCAGCACCUUUACUCCAUCUAGUCCCACCAGCUAUGAACCAAAAUCCAACAGCUACGGGGGAAGAUCUGCUGUUAUCACACCUGCUACAUCAUCCACGUUUGCUAACCACGCUAACCAAGACAGCAGGCCUAGCAGUGCUCCAGCACCUUUAAGUGCGGAGGUGACGCACAGUGACUUCAACAGCUAUGGUGGCAAGACCAUCGUGUUGAAUCCAACAGCAAGCUUCAAGGCCGAGUCCUCCCCCUCCCCUGCUGGCAGUUCCCCGGUCAAGCCUGAGCCAGCAGAGACUCACAUCAACAGCUUCGGUGGCAGAUCCAAAGUCUUCAACCCCUCCACACACACAGACCUGCUGGACGGGCCUGACUACAGACCUCGCUCCAACAGCCACUCGCCAUCCAACACCAUCACAGCCACAACCCACCACACUGACCUCCAAAACAAGUCUAGGAUCUUCCCGCCAGCUAAAGCCGAGAGCCAGCACACAGUCUACCACUACUCCGGCCCAGCCAGAGAUGAAGCGCCGCCAGACAUAAAUACCCAUGAGGCUAAACCCAAAGCGGUAAGCCCCAUGCACCCUGACCCAGUCUACCAGCCCAUAAGCAGGAGUCGGCUCUCUUCCGCACCCCCCGCACCUGCCCCAAAACCACAUCGUCCCACUGCUUCUCUAAGGCCACGGCCUGACCCCAUUCCUGCAGAGAUCCGCAGCAGGCCUCCACCCAAAGCCUCCUUCCGCACUCAGGGCAUUACAGUGCAGUUCUCUGGGAAAGGAGCCACAGACGAAGCCAGGCGAGAUGCUUUGCGCAAAUUGGGACUGCUGAAGAACACUUCCUAAACCUUCAUCCCGGCUCCUUUAAGGGAUUCUUGUUCUCUUUCAUUACGCAGUGGAUUUUUAGAUAAGAGGACAGCCCUUUGAUUCAGCACGACAAUAAUAGUAUUAUUGUGUUUAUUAUGUACGUACUCGGUAACUGUUGUUCAACUUCAUGAAAUGAAAAAAAAAGGUUAUAUUUAAGAAUUAAUAUUACCCAAUAUUUAAUCACUCACCCAAUCAGCAUCCACAGUACAGUCCUCAUAACUGAUAAGUCAGGCCUAAGAGUGUCAAAAGCAGAAUGUGGCAAUUCUCUUACGUUAUGCCUCUUAGUCAUUCAAAAGAGUUGCAGUGAUUCCUCAAAUAAAUAUGAUAAAAGGGUACCAGAUAACAUGCAUAGCAUGCACAAGGACAAGGAUUUUGUGAGUUUAACCCUUUUUCAAAAAGGUACACAGUUCAGAGCUAUUUAACUACAGUGUGCCGUAUAUAGUACUUACUAUAUAAAUACUUUAUAUAUAAUGUUAAACAUAGACCCCUUUGAGGUUUGUGGUCACUCCCUCCCUGAUAGUUUUGUGUCCAGUUGAACUCUGGCUAAAAUGAACACUGUAAGAUUUCCAUCAACAGUGGGGGUUCCGCUGUGUUUAAGAAAAGACUGGUAUCCAGAUCAUAGUUGUAAAGGGCUGUGUAAGAUUUUUAUCCUAAAGACUUUUGUUGCUACCCACCUGCCUCACUCCCACUGCUGCUCAGGCUGCUUCUGCUGCUGCUACUCCAGGCUCACUCUCUGUUUGCACCAGCAUUUCCACAGCAGGGUUUACAGCAAGGUUACAUUACAUUACAUUUGGCAAUCACUUUUUUUGUCCAAAGUGACUUACAAUAAUGAUUGAACAACACAAUGAAUUUUGUGAGCGAUGUCAUAGAACAACCACUUUUUAAUCAAAUUUCUUUUAAAUAUAGAUUGUGAUGGUGAAGAACAUUAAAAGCAACAGUCCUUAAUGUGUUUAAUCAUAAAUAAAAUACUUUUUUUUGGCUCUGGCAGCAUGUACUGGUUACCUAAGCAUGUACUGCUAAUCCUUGCUGAAAUUAUCUGAUUUAUUACUCUAAAUAGAGACUGCACCACAAGGCAUGUUUAAAAUGAUUUUUUACAUGCUCUGUGCAAUUACACCUUUCCCCAAAAUAUACUGUCUGUCACUUUAAGAGUUUAAAGGACAUACAUAUUCACAUAGUUAUUAUUUUUAUUUUUUCCCAUUUUCUCCCCAUUUUACACGGCCAAUUACCCAACCCACUCAUUAGGACUCCCUUAUUUUCCUUAUUUUCCUUGAUCUGAGGUCAGCUCAUGUCUUUUAUGUAACUGAACAGAAUUAUGUGAACUCACUAAACCUGGACAAGUAUUCAUAAAGCUUCUCAGAGCUCAAACUUUAGACUAUAGUUUCUAGAUCAGCACUCCUGUUCUAAGAAGCUUUGUGAAUAAGGAUCCUGAUCUUAGAUUAGUGUUCUUAAUCUGAGAUGUUUAAACAAAAAUAUGGGCCAGUCAGUGUAGAAUCACACCCAUAACUGUGAUCUCUCUCUUUUUCUUCUUCACCCUGUUUGGAUAUAAACUCUAGUAUAACCCUGGUAGGACCAUAUGAGUCCCGAUUAUUGUCAUAUGUGUGAUUUUAUUCGGUUUAACAAGCCGUAAGAAAUGAGAAACAUUUGGAACAGUUAGGAUUAUGCAGGGUAUCAGUCUUAUAUGAACAACCAUAUAUCAACAGUUUCUCCCUUUUUGGAGGAAAUCAGGUGUUUUCUGUAGUAGUGAAAGUUAUAUUAUUUGAAGUUUCUUCAUGACUGAUUACAUAAAGCACAUUUUAGGAAAACAUUUUUUAGAAAGGAAUUACUAAUUUCUUCCAAAAGGGUGAAAUGGUUGAUCUGUGGUUAUUAGAAGUGUAAGUUAUGUGAUGAUGUUAUAUAGAAAACACAAAGCACAUUGUUUUUAGUUCAUUAUUUUUAGUCUUCUUUCAUUCCCUUAUCCAGUGUGACUUCCGCUAAAAUGACAAUUUAUUUAACAGUACUAUAUCUGUGACAGAAAAAAGUGUAUUUAUUCUCUUAAUGUUGCUAAAUUGUGAAAUUUGGGUGUAUGGUUUUGUUUUUUUGUUUUGUGGAAAGGACAUCAGAAGUGAGAGCUGGGCUGCUUCUGUUGCUUCUUGCCUCUUCCUAAAGGAUAUUUUUACAUUUGAUGGCAGUGCCUCCCCCACUAAACCACAGUGAUCCAAAUCAAGCUUGUGGUGUGGAGAGAAAAACUGUAACUUUGUUGUUUUGCUUUCUUGCUUUGACCGUCCUUUCUGGGCUGUCUGUAUUCAUCAAACAUGGGUGUACAAUCCAAAGUGCAUAUGUGUGUGUGUGUGUGUGUGCAUGUGUGGAAGGUAUGUGUGUACAGUAUGUGUGUCUGAGAGACUGGGAGAGUGUGUGCAAGCAUGUGUUUGAGUUGGCCCAAGAGUGAGAAUGAGAGCGUGUGUAAGUGUGUGAUGAAUGGCUGCCAUGUUGUGGGCACAUGGUUGAUUGAUGUCUUUACCUUGUGAGUAUUGGAUGAUUUUUCUUUUUCUUUUUUUUAAAUAUGGACUCCGGUUUUUGUAGCAACUCUACAAAUCUUAUUGAAGGACCAGAAUGCAUGAGUGUGUUUUGUACACACACACACACACACACACACACACACACACACACAUACAUAAAAUGUUUUUCUUGACUCUGAUCUCUAUUGAAAUCUGUUUUUGCUAAAUUAUUAUGCAGAUUUUUGUAUCAUUCUGUUCCUCUUCUGUGUCUGAAUAAAACAGUUUUUCUCAGCCUGA